UAUAUAUAUAUAAACGCGACGGUCUAAAUUCCUCUGGUUGUUUAAGUGCAGAUCAAAAAUGAACAGCAUCAAAACUGCUAUUUUUGUGUUCUUCCAUUCAAAGCCAUAAGCGGAUUACGGGUACGCUUCUUUUGCAUCAUAAUCAAUAAAUCUUUUCUUUUCUCUCUCUCUCUCGAUUACUUCUCGCAAUCGUCGAUUAGGGUUUCUUCUUCCUUGCGCUUCCCCUUUUUUUGAUUCUCUUCUCUCCAGCUUGAAUCCGAUGGAGUCUACUGCUACUGCACUCGUCGUCAAGGUGUGCUAUGGAGGUGUGCUUAGGCGUUUCAGGGUGCCCGUUAAAGCUAAUGGACAGCUUGAUCUUGACAUUGCUGGUCUCAAGGAGAAGAUCGCUUCACUUUUUGACCUCUCUGUUAAUGCUGAUUUUUCUCUGACUUACUCUGAUGAGGAUGGUGACGUGGUGGCUCUCGUUGAUGACAACGAUCUGUUUGAUGUUACAAAUCAGCGUCUUAAGUUCUUGAAGAUCAAUGUGCUCUUGAAGACUGGCUUCCCUGCUAACCCUGUUGCUCCUGAGAGUAGUGGGAGUUCGACACCUUCCGGUAUUCCCAACAGUCAGAACCCGGUUUCCAAAAUCCAAAAGGGUUUAAAUGAUGUUCUGAUGGCUGUGCCUAACCCUAUGCGUGAUACCAUAUCGAAGGUGUAUAUGGACCUUGCAUCCAAAGCUGCAACUUCUAGUCCUGUUGUUGGUGAGAUGCUUGAUUGCAUCUCAAAGCUAGGGCAGCUCUCAAUUCCUCAGGACUCCCCUGUUCCGAAGCCUGGUUCUUCAGGCCCUUCCCUGAGCAGGGAUGUUCCUUCCGCUGGUGAGAGGACCCAGACCGGAAAGAAACCUGCUAAUAUGACUGAACCCUCUCAUUCAAAGACUUCUGGUCAUGUGCCAACCUCUUCUGGACUGGGUGCUAGUUUCAACGAGUGUCCCUUUAGUGGCAGUACCGUGAAUGACUCUUCUCGUUUUCCUGUUAACUUCAACAAGCAUGCUCGUCGUGGAUGCCAUUCUAAAAAGAACACCAACGGUGAUUACUGGACCUCAUUGGGUGUAUUCCAUAAGGGCAUCCGUUGUGAUGGAUGUGGAGUUCUUCCUAUAACUGGGCCUAGAUUUAAAUCGAUGGUUAAGGAAGACUAUGAUCUUUGCAACAUCUGCUUUUCGGUGAUGGGUAAUGAGGGGGAUUACACAAGAAUGGAUAAGCCCGUAUCAUUUCAACAUAUGCAUCCUUUCAAACACCGUGCCCAAAUGUCAAAUCCUUGGCUGGACCGUCCAACCUAUGGAGGUUUGCACUUCAAGUGUACCCGGCCUAGACUAGACAGUCGCUUUGUCCUUGAUGUGAAUGUACUUGAUGGAACAGUUGUUGCUCCAUCCGCUCCAUUCACUAAGAUCUGGAAAAUGAGGAACAAUGGUUCGUUCGUGUGGCCUCGUGGCACACAGAUUGUCUGGAUCGGUGGGGACAGAUUCAGCAACUCGUUGUCUGUUGAUUUACAGAUUCCAGAGGGGGGUGUGCCUAUCAAUGGUGAGCUUGAUGUUAAAGUUGAUUUUAUUGCACCACAGUCACCUGGCCGAUACAAUUCUUAUUGGAGAAUGGCUUCCUCUGAUGGUGAUAAGUUUGGGCAACGUGUUUGGGUGUUGAUACAUGUUGAUGCAUCCCUGAAGAAUACUGUUGUGAAUGAGUUUCAUGGACUGAACUUGAAUGCCUCCCCCUCCCCUGAUGAAAAUUUUUCAAGCGAAUUUACAGGGAUGAUGAAUUGUGAGUCAGCUCAACCUGGCAGCUCCAAUGUCAAUCCCGGGACAAAGAAAGAUGCUGAUAUAGAGGGAGAAGUUGGUGAACCACAUAUCCCGGAAAAAGAAAACCUGCUGGUUGGUGAAGUUCAUCCUGCUAUCCCUCAAAGUCAUUCUCCUUCAUCUUCAUCCUCAUCAUUUAACAUGGUGGAGUUCCCAAGUAUUCCUGCUGUUGAGAUCUUGCCUGGUGGUUCUUCAUCUACAAAAGACAUCCCAGUUCCUCUUCAAGAGGAUUUGGAAAGGAAUGACGUUGAGAUAACCAUGCUCAAGGAGCUCGAGGAAAUGGGUUUCAAGGAGAUAGAUUUGAACAAGGAGAUCUUGAGGGACAACGAAUACAAUUUGGAGCAAUCUGUUGAUGCGCUUUGUGGAGUUAGCGAGUGGGAUCCUAUCCUAGAGGAGCUUCAGGAAAUGGGCUUCUGUGAUGAUGUAACAAACAAGAGACUGCUGAAGAAGAACAAUGGAAGCAUCAAAGGUGUGGUAAUGGAUCUCCUCACAGGGGAGAAGGAGGCUUAAUAAUAAUUCUGGCAACUCUACCUAUCUAUCUAAUCUAUCAGGAAUAAUUAUUAUGUUAUUAUAAAUAAAUAAAACCUGAUCUCUCUAGUUCGGUUUCGUGCUGCGUCACAACAUGGUGUCUUCCUUUGCUUUGGACCUUUUGGGUGUUGAAUGAUAUUACUAUUUAUAUAAGACGUGGAGUUUUACCUACUUUUA